AUGGUUCUUAUUUAUAAAUGUUUGUCGGGAGAUGGAACUGAUUUUAUUGUUCCCAAUAAAAAUGAGCAAAAUGUUCUUCGAAAUGUGAGUUCCAAAUGCAAAAACCAUAAAAAUUUGUUUCACAUUAGAUUUUACCGAGUAAUUCCGUUGCGAUGACAUUGAAUUCGGGAGGAGGGCAGGUGGUUUUUAUCAAAUUUCAGGAUACUGUGUCAUUGAAAGAUUAUCAUGUGAGUUGAAUUGAUGUGAAUGAAUCGAUGAUCAGAUAAAUUUUUAAAGCUAAACGAGGCCGCGCAAAUAUUAUUGAAUUUUGAAGUUCCAAUGGACGACUUGAUGUAUUAUGACACAAUUGAUACCACAAAAUCUGCGGAAAAGUUGAAUGUAGGUCUAUAAAAUGAGAGACCCGUUUAGCUCAAUUUUUCGUAGUUUUUUGGUUCGAAAACAUUUGGAAAAAUUUCAGAAAAAUUCACUCGGAGUCCAAGCUUUUCUGCCAAGAAAGAGUGAUAGCUGCUUUCAAGCAUUGAUGGAAACAGUUCGUACCUGUUGUCUCAAAUCUGUAUAUGUUACAAAAAAUGGAAAAAGUUUGUACAAAAAUUUAUUUAUUGAACAAAAAUAUGAAUUUCUUACAUUUACAGGAACUUUUCAAAUUUUUUUGGAUUAUGAAGACUCAAGCAACCCCGUAAUUUCUGGUCUUCCAGAAAAAACUGCUAAAAAGUCUCCAAAACAAAAAAACAAACCGUAAGUACACUCACAUUUGUUAACACUGACCAACUCGAUUUCAACCCAGAUUGAAAAAACGCCAACGAAUGUCGAGCAGCUCAGAAGAAAAUGACGUUGUCGAAGAAUGCGAGCCAUCAACAUCCUCGGUGAAUCCCGGAAGUCCCAUGAUCGAUCUUCCUAGAAGUAUUUUUUUUAUUUUAUUUCCAAAAUUUCCACGAGGCCUUUCAGAGAUCUGAUUAUGAAAAAUGAGUUCUGCUUAUUUUCGGAUCAAAAUUCAAAGGGUUUUUGAUCUAGAAUUAGAAAUCUCAACGGGUUUGUCUUGGAAAAAAUUACGAAAUUAGAAAAAAAUAACUAAAACUUGUAAACUUUGAGAAUUUCAAUUAUUUAUAAUUCUAAAAAAAAGAGAAGCUACGAAAUUUUGAAAAAAAAAUUGGAUUUUCAGCGAAUUUCACAAUCACCGACAUGAAUUUAAAAAAAUCGGAAAUUUGUGAGGUUAGUUUUGAAAUUGAAAUCCUAAAAAAAAUCUUAUUUUUGAAUAUUUUUUCAGGAGGAUAGAAGAAUGAUUAGCCUCGGUAAAAAAGUUCGAAAUUUGAAACUAGAAAAGAAAAAUGGAAAUAUGAAAUCGCGUGGGAAGAAUAUUAACAAUAGAGGGGAAGAGAUUUUGAAACAUACGCUGGACAAAGUAACCGACCUUAAAAAUCAGCUGGGAGAAGAUGCCAAAAAUACGAUUUUUGAAAGUCCUGUUGCUCUAGUUGAAUAUUUAUGUGGAGUUUCGAGAACAGUUGUCAAAGAAAGAAAGAAACACCCGAAAGAUAUGACUGAAACAACUCCGAAACGUGUAAAAGGCCAAACAAGUAGAAAAAAAAGAAGAGAAAAACGAGCUGCAAAACUUUCUGAAACUGACAAAGAAGCGCUGAGAGAUUAUCUGGAUAUUUGCUGGGGCCAAAACAAAAAUGUCACAAUUGAAAGUUUAUUGGAUUGGGCCAAAUCGACUUUGGAUUUUCAAUAUGGAAAAUCAUUUUUCAAUGACGUGUUGUUCGGAAUGGGAUUUACGUGGAAAAAAAAAGUCCGGAAAUCCAAUUAUUGAAGAAAGAAAAGAUUUGGUCAUUUGGAGAAGAAAAUAUUUGAUGAGAAAGCUUGGACUUCAAAAUUUGCCUAGUGGAAAACAGCCGUAUUUUGCGUUUUUUGAUGAGACUUGGAUUUACGAGGGGAUGACGAGCAUGAAGGGUUGGCAAUAUUUGGAGACGGAUUUAUAUAAAUUGGCGCGUUGGGUGAGGCUUGAAGAACGGCGUAGUGGACCACAAAGAGGCAAAGAUAAGGGGAAAAGGGCAAUUGUAUUGAGUAUUCUCACACCAGAUGGUAUUCUGAAGGAGUCGGCGAAUGUGUUGAUUAGUGGACUCAAAGAAUCUGAACAAUUUAUGGAUUAUCAUCGCGAGAUGAACUCCGAAUCUUACCGCGAAUAUAUGGAAGAAAUGAUUCCGAAAUUGGCAGAUGAAGCGAAGAAACGAAAUAUGGUAGCGGUGCUUGUCAUUGACAACGCACCCUAUCAUAAUCAAGUCGUUGAGAAAGUAAGCGUUUUAGAUAUUUAUUUUUAAAUUCUGAAAAUGAAUCAAACUGAAUUGUUUUAGAUUCCGACAAAAGGAAGUACAAAACAGGUAUUGGUGGAUUUUUUGCUCAAAAAAAAUAUCAACGUGAACAUUUCUAUGAAAAAGAAAGAACUUUUGGAGCAUUUUGAAGAGUUUUUGGAAAACAACGGUGGACGAAGAGGGGUCACGAAAUAUGUCAUUGAUGAAUUUGCCAAACUACACGGAGUUGAAAUUCUCAGGUUGCCCCCAUACCAUUGUAUGUUCAAUCCAAUUGAGCUGGUAUGGGCGCAACUGAAAACAUUCCUCCGUAGUAAAAGUGAUGGGGAUGACGAUCUCGCUUCGGUAAUUUCUCAGUUAUCAUAUUUUCAUUUAUAAUUGAAUUCCAGUUACGUCAAAAAGCGAUCGAUUGGCUUUAUGACUUUACACCUGAACAAGCUCAAAAUUGUAUUCGACAUGCUGAAAAUCUGGAAAAUGAAACUAGAAGAUUGAUUGAAGAACAGGUUCAAGAAGCAGAAGAAAGAGAACGCCAAAACGCAUAUUUAACAACUCUUGAUGAAUAUGAUAGUUACGAUGAUUUUGGCACCGAGUGUGACAGCGACGAAGAUUUUGAAGAUUAUUUAUCAGAAAAUUCUAUUAGCUCGGCUGAUCACGCAAGAUAUACGGAUUCAUCAGAUGAAGAAAUGGUUCAAGAAAUUUAG